UUUAAUUAUUCAAUAUAUAUUUAUUAUUUCAUAAUAUGUACAAAAUAUAUAAUAUUUAAAAAUAAUUAAUAUAAUAUUCAUCACGCGCAAGGUGCGGAUCUUAACCUAGUAUAACAAUAUAACCGGAUAUAACAUGUAUAUGUCAUGAUCAUGUUUUUACUUCUUAUUCAUUUUUUUUCAAAAGAAUAAAGAAUUAGGCAGUAGUUACAUUUAUUUUUCUUUUAAAACUGUGUUCUAUUUAUUAGAUUCAAAUUUAAAUUUUGACACGUUAACAAUAAUACAAAUCACUAUAAUACAAAUUCUAAUUAUGUUAUUUAUUAUUUAACCGUAACGCUUUUCAAAUCUACAUAUAUUAAAUACAUUUUAUUAGCAACUUAAAAUAUUAUAUACAAAAAUGUAUCAUUAAUGUUUUUUACCAUAACUGUAAUAUAUGUAAAAUUAGGUCAAUCAGCAAUGUAUAUACUUUUAAUAAUUUAGUUAGUAUAAAUGUUUAAUUUAUUAUACGAUUUCAAAUUCAACCAAUAUUUUUUCUCGUUUAUGAUAUUCUAACCGUUACAUUGAUACAGUUCUAUAAAUAUAUAAUUAUCAAACAAUUCUAAAUCAAGUUAAAUUUUGAAACCCUCUUACUUACAUAAUAAGAAUACUAAUAAUUCUAAUUUUCUUCUCAUAGCUAGGAUAAUUUUGAUGGUAUACAAAUCUAAAUCACAAUUACAGUAUACAAAUUGUGCUAAGGUAAUAAAUUGUAAUUGAAAUAUAACUAUUCAAAACUUGAAAUAUAAAGGAGAAAGAAAUUAUGAAGAUUCUAUUGUGUCUCAAACUAAGGAAAAGUAUCAAAUAAAGGUAAUAAAAUUGAAUAAAAUAUGUAAAGAGAGAAAAUAUAAUAUUAAUAAUUUUAGAAUGGCACCUUGAGGUUGACAAGCAGAUCCAUCACCAGAAGAAAAUAAAAUAAAAUUUACUUAAAGUAUUUAAAACUUUUUUUUGCUAGCUAAUAUUUACAAACUCUUCAACUCCAUAAAACCCUCCAACUAGAGAUUUCACUCCUCUUCCUCAUGUAAACUCUCUCUUUCUCUCUUAUUUUUUCUCUCUUUCUUCUAUGAAUUUUUAUUUUCCCUUUUUUAUUUUAAAAUUUUAAUUUCUGUAACUUCUCCGUCAAAGAGAGGGUGAAGAUAAAUAAAAAAAUCUAGGGGAACAAGUCAAAACCCUUAACGAUGAUGCAGCAGGGUGAUAGUACAACCACAUCCGCCGCAACAGAAGCGGUGCCGCUACAACAUAAUGAGUCAGCCGCUACAGAAGCUGCGGCAGCAACAUCAGCAGCGGUUGGAGCUUUUGAGGUGUCGGAGGAGAUGAGUGACCGUGGUUUUGGAGGAAACAGGUGGCCGCGGCAGGAAACGCUUGCGUUACUGAAAAUACGAUCUGACAUGGGAAUAGCGUUUCGAGACGCAACCGUUAAAGGACCCUUAUGGGAAGAGGUUUCCAGGAAAAUGGGGGAGCUUGGUUACAUAAGAAACGCAAAGAAAUGUAAAGAGAAAUUUGAAAACGUUUACAAAUACCACAAAAGAACCAAAGAAGGCCGUACCGAAAAAUCCGAAGGCAAAACUUAUCGCUUCUUCGAUCAGUUAGAAGCUCUCGAGACUCACUCAACCUCGUCUUCACACCACCAUCAACCGCAAUCGCAACCUCACAAUAACAGCUCCAUGUUCUCCACUCCUCCUCCGGUAACAACUGUUAUACCGCCGACAACAAACAUCACUCCUUCGUUUCCAAACAUCUCUGGAGACUUUCUGUCGGAUAACUCAACAUCGUCUUCUUAUUCGACUUCUUCUGACGUUGAGGUUGGCGACACGAAGACAACAACCACGAGGAGGAAGAAGAGGAAGAGGAAAUGGAAGGAGUUUUUCGAGCGGUUAAUGAAACAGGUUGUUGGUAAGCAAGAGGAGCUUCAACGCAAGUUCUUGGAAACUGUUGAAAAGCGUGAGCACGAGAGGAUGGUUAGAGAAGAAUCUUGGAGAGUUCAAGAAAUUGCUCGAAUAAACCGCGAGCACGAGAUUUUAGCUCAAGAACGCUCCAUGUCCGCGGCUAAAGACGCUGCGGUCACGGCGUUUCUUCAGAAGUUUUCAGAAAAACCGAACCCUCAAUGCCAAUCAAUCGCACAACCGCAAAUGGAGGUUAUCCACAACAACCAGCAGGCGACACAGCAGCAAACGCCACCUCCUCGCCCUCCUCAGCCGUUAUCGGCCUUAGACACUAUGAAAACGGACAAUGGUGAUCAGAACAUGACUCCAGUGUCGGCAGGAGCCUUGAGCUCUUCGCGGUGGCCAAAAGUGGAGAUAGAGGCAUUGAUAAAGCUGAGGACGAAUCUUGAUUCAAAAUAUGAAGAGAACGGACCUAAAGGACCGUUAUGGGAAGAUAUAUCUGCAGGGAUGAGAAGGUUAGGAUUCAACAGGAACUCAAAGAGAUGCAAAGAAAAAUGGGAAAACAUCAAUAAAUACUACAAGAAAGUCAAGGAGAGCAACAAGAAACGCCCUGAAGAUUCCAAGACUUGUCCUUACUUUCACCAGCUUGAUGCUUUAUAUAGAGAGAGGAACAAAUUCCACACCAACAACAACGUAGCAUCUUCUUCUUCAACAUCCGGUUUAGUCAAACCGGAUAAUUCUGUUCCUUUGAUGGUCCAACCGGAGCAACAAUGGCCUCCAGUUACGGCAACUACGGUUGGUGCAACGGUUAAACCCGAUCAACAUCCUCCACAGCCGUUGGAUCAGAACUUUGAUGAUGAAGAAGGUACAGACCAAGAAGAAUAUGAUGAUGAGGAAGACGAUGAAGAGAAUCAAGAAGAGGAAGGAGGUGAGUUUGAGCUUGUACCGAGCAAUAACAAAGACUAGUAAUCUUUGUAAGUUUUGAUACAGAAGAAGAGAAUUUAAAUAUUGGAAGGGGGUGUUUUUUAUCUUUGGUUUUUAUAUACUGAGGAAAAAUUAAUAUUUUGAAAAUAUUAAAUAAAUGUGAUAUUAAUUGUUUUGGGGAUAAUAAAUAAAUUAAAAGUGUUAAUCGAUAGGGACAAUGUGUGGGUUUUUAAGCAAGUGAUAAAAACUGUAACUAGUAGUGUUAGACUAUGUCCAACGGUGGAUUUCACCCGGUCCAUAAGAGAAAUCCUUAAGCAUAAUUGUAAUUAAAUACUAUUAUUAGCGUUAAAUCGACGAAGGAUUGGUCCGUCGCAGCGGACUUAAGGAUUCAAUCCUUAGCCACGUGUCACGUGGUGAGUGGGUGGAAUUUGUCUUUGGUUUGUGUAGGGUCGAAAAAAAAAAACAUUCUCGAGCCAAACCGAAAAAAAAAACUCCUCCUCGACAUAAGGCGAUUUCGAGACGAUUCUGCUCGAUCUCUCUUCCUCGGCUCGUGUAAGAUAAACGAUCAUGGGACGAUACAGUUACAGCCAGCCUUCUUCAUCCUCACACUCUCCAGACUUAACCUCCCUCCUUGAAGCCGAAUGUGAGAUGUACGCGGCUGAAGCUGAGAUUACUCGGUGGAAUGCAGAAGCCAGUGACUGGGAACCAUCAGCAGAGGGUGAUGAUGGCAUCCCAAGGACAUGCUACUGUGGUUCAGAGCCAGUUCACGGAUACUCCCAAACGCCAAAAGAUCCAUACCGACGUUACAUAACGUGCCCCAAUGCCGAUGAUAGAGACUGCCACGUCUGGAAAUGGUGAGACGUGGCGGUGGAGGAGGAGCUGAGAGAAUUUCAGAGGGAGCUUAAUGCGGUUAAGGGUGAAGCGAAUCAACGUGAGCAGAAGUUACUCCGUCUUGAGAAGCAAGUUUCCGAGUUCACAAAGAAGAAAUCAGGAGCUAAGCUAAUGGUCUUCAGCUUAGUGUUAGGGUUGGUGUUGCUUAUUGUGCUAGGAAUACUUGGAAAGGAUUCAAAGGAUUGGGGCGUACGUGCUUUGUUUCUUUAACGAGGUUCGCAUGUGGGAAGGCGUCACGGGUCUUUAUCUGAUGGAGUAGGAAUCACGGGUGAUGGAGUAGGAUUCACGGGUGAUGGAGGAGGAAUCACGGGUGUAGUUGUAUGAGUCACGGGUCACUCUCUCUAGCAUAUGUAUUAUAAGUAGUAGUUGUAGUCUUUGUAGUGUAGUAUAAACUUGUUUCCUCUUGAGAGUCAAGUUCAUGUUUUCAGAGAGUUUCUAAAGUACUCUCAUUGUUUUCCUCGGAUCAUAUGUAACAUUUCCUCGGAUCAUAUGUAAGCUUCUCUUUGUAUCAAAACUUAUGUAACAUUAUCUUCUUCUUUGUAUCAAAACUUAUGUAA